CGACAUUAAGAUGAUGGUGUGGUACACAGCUCCAUUCACAAGCUUAAGGUGCUAUUUGAUUUAGAAGCAUUUGAAUUUGAUGGUGAUGUGCCAGCAAGCUACUUGCGUAAGUGCACAAAACUUGAUGCGUGCGUUCCACAAUGGCUUUUUGUGAUUGCGGAUGAGGAGUUUGGUGCACGGUGAUAAGAUCAUAUCAAUUUCUCUUUUAUUUAUUUAUGACAGUGUAAUGCCUUCACAGGUAUUCACAAAGCCAUCGACGACGAUACGACCCUCCGAAACGAGGCUUGCUUCAAAAUGAGAGGAAACCAAGGAGCCACAUGACACGGGAUUCACAGGUAUCCCAUGCGUGAACGUACGCGUCGAGCCCGUCCGAGUCACGGGCCACCGAAUUGCCGCUGCUCGGCUCUCUUGCUCUUCCCCUUCCGCUUCUACCUGACCUUUUAUUGGGCGAAGCAAUUUCUGGGCCCCACCUCGGGACCCAGAUGUGUCAGAGAAAUUGCUGUCUCUUCGGGAAUAUAGGGUUCCUUUUCCUCUCUUUCUCUCUCCUUGGCGCCGUCUCCGCCCAAGCCAAGUCCAACAAAGACUCCUCUUCCCAACAGAUGCAUAUAUUUCAGUCGUUGAAUGGAUCGCCGCAGCCCAAAUAGCAAGCGUUUCGCCCAAAUCUCUCCCCUUUUCGCAGCUCCGAUCUCGCUCUGCCUUACCUCGUGACUGUCCCGAGAAUUCUUCCGGUGCGGCAUUCCUCAUCAUACUAAGAAGAUUUUUGGGUGGUUUCAUUCAUCUUAAACUAGCUAAUAUGCCUAAGCAAAGGAGGUCAUGGUCUCAGUCCUUUGACCGGCGAUCUCGUGCAUCACCUUUUCCAUCUAGUUCUUCCUCACAUAACCAACCUGAGUCUGCAGAAUCAGCCAAGGACAUCAAAGAAUGGGAGGAGGUUCGAUGCCCUGUGUGCAUGGAACACCCUCACAAUGCUGUUCUCCUCCUAUGCUCCUCACACGACAAGGGUUGUCGUCCAUUCAUGUGUGACACUAGCUACCGUCAUUCUAACUGUCUGGAUCAGUACCGCAAGGCUUUUUCUGGAUCCAAGCCACCACAGGAUAAUGGUGACACACAGCAACCAACCAAGCUCUCAUGCCCUCUUUGCCGAGGUUCAGUUACUGGCUGGACAGUGGUGGAGCCUGCUCGUAGAUAUAUGAAUGCUAAAACUCGUAGCUGCUCCACGGAGUCAUGUGCAUUUAGUGGCAUUUAUGGGGAGCUAAGGAAGCAUGCAAGGAAAGAGCAUCCAUCCGUGCGGCCAUCAGAGGCAGACCCUGAGCGACAGCAAGACUGGAGAAGGAUGGAACGGCAACGGGACCUUGGUGACCUAUUCAGCAUGUUUCGCUCAGCUGUAACCAGAGAGGAAGAUGAGGUCAACAUCAACGAGGACGAUGAAGAGACCAAUGGAAGCAUGUUCAUAUUUCCCUCGGUCACUAUGUUUUUGGUAGUACAUGUGCAUCGAGAAGGAGGAAACGACACCGGUCGAUCAUCUCUGCCACGGUCUUUCAUUUCAAGCUCUUUGAGGGGUUCAUCGAGGGGCCGAAGGAGAAGUGGGGUGGUCCCAUGGGGAGAGUCCUUAAGCAAUUCAACGUCCACUGGCACGCUUGAUGGAGCAAAUGACGAUGAAGUUAACAAUGAUGGUGGAUCCGAUGUGGUAGAUACAACUUCUCAACAGAACCAAGGAAGACAACGGAGGCAGGUUUGGAUGUCAGAUGAUGACGGUGAUGAUGAUGAUGAUGAUGAUGUAUCUUGAUGCUAGGCUCAAUGUGUUAGGCCCAAAGCACGGAUGUCAGAUGAUGACGGUGAUGAUGAUGAUGAUGAUGAUGAUGUAUCUUGAUGCUAGGCUCAAUGUGUUAGGCCCAAAGCACUGUGCUUGUUUCUGCUCACUCGAUAUUGGAUUAGUUGUGGGCUGCUAUGCUUACUACCAGUUUAAGAUGCCAUAUGCUUGUGGUGCCUUGCCAUGUUAAUUUUUUGUUUUAGCCUUAUGAAGCACUGAGCUCGCUGCUGCGCGCCCAUAGCUCAUGGUUAGGCGUCGCUUUUAUUGCAGCAUUUGCUAUUUGUAAACACUGUAAAGUUGUUGUUCAGGUUACUUGAUGUUCUGCAAGUGUUCAGUUCGAUCA